GUGUAGUCCAGGGUAUACACAGGUAUAUGGCGUAUACCCACUUCUUAUUAGGUCGUCACAGCGUAUACCCACUUCUAAAUCCCCUUGCUAUGGGUAUACGCUGCAGUGUAAUACAGGGUAUACAUGGGUAUACAGCGCUUUUCAGUCCACACACUGAAACAGUCUACAUCCACACUGACACGCUGAUACGCAUUUAUGUGCUGCAGGCAUGUCAAUUUUUUUUCUGCCAUUGUCUGUUUUGGUUACGUUUUGGGAGAACUAACGAUUGGUUAGGGCAAACGGAUUACGCCAAUCAGAGGCAGAGUAGGGCGUUCCUUUGCUAAACCGGGAAAAAUAUCCUUUGCCGCCACCUUCCUGUCGGUCCAUUGUUACAUACCAAAAUAUGUCCUCACGUGAAAAGUUAAUAUAACCAAGUUAAUAGUGAAAAUGAAGCGAACCAUACAAACAAAAAUUAGCUUUCAGAACAAACGACCUCGUGAAGCUACAUUAUUGCUACUAUCCAGCCGGACAGGGAGCCACAGCCCAACGCCCACAGCCUCUCAGUCCCCAACCCCAGUUGGAGGGGGUGCUGACGGUGGAGGCGCUAAAUCUCCGAUUGACGUUGCAAAUUCAAUAGAAGAACACGUCAACCAUGGUGAGUACUUUAUAAUAGCAAGAUUUGUAAAUUAUGUUAAUACAGCGUUUCUACAGCAUUAACUAACAGCUUUUUCAUUUAGUUUCGUUUAUUUUUUGUUGUUCCAAUUUGCUCAUGCUGUGGCUAGUGUUAAGUUAGCUUCCCUGACUUUCAUUAGCAUCAAAGCUGCUAGCUGUCAACAAAUUCCAGUUGGUUGCAUUUUAAAACACAGAUAUUUCAACCUGACUUUCACAUCAGUGCUUAUUUUUGAGGACAGACAGAUUAACAGGUGUUGGGGAGAGUUUAUAAAGUUACACCGUUUUCCCUGAGCACUAGCCGAUGUCCAAACGGCACAGACAUUAAAGCAUUUCUAGCUAGGUACACUAUUCUUCCUGAGAAAUGCUGAUUUUAAACUUGAAACUGUGUUAGUGUGUUGGUACCAUUUUCACGCCAAAAAUUUUAUGACUAAUGUUGUUUUUUUGCAGACACCAAUAAUGAAUGGCCACAGGUACGGACAGCCAAACAGAAAGAGGAUUUCCAAUCAAAGAACCCCUGGUUAGGAUUCAAAAACAGAGAAUUGGGAUGUCUGGUCUAUAGCACUGUGUCCAUUGAUGGUAACAAGGAGCAAUGUGUAUCGCUCUCAAGAGAAUGGAUGAACUUUGAAAUUCAAGUGUCUGGCCUAAGCAGUAGAGAGACAUGUCUGUCAGCCUUAAGAAAUAAGGUGAGGAAAUAUGCUUUGUCCAAAGCACACAUUCAAGCUAUGAUGAUAAAAGAACAACAGAAAGAAGCAACCAUUGAAAAUGCAAUGGAGGCCAUGACAGUCCUACAUGAAGGAAACCGAAGCUGUGUUCAGAACAGCCUACCAUUAAGCCAAAAGGAAUGGACCUUUUGCUGACCACGAGAGCCUCAUUGAACUGCAGGAAAUGAAUGGCGUAAAGAUGGGCUCAGUACUUCAUUCACGUUACAGUGCAACACAAAUAAUCAAGCAUGUUGCUAAUGAGAUGGGAAAAAAAAAUUGUCACUAGUAUAAUAGCAUCAUCAAGUAAGUUGGCCGUCCUAGUUGAUGAGUCCUCUUCUUUAAAUCGCAAAGCUGUCAUGACUGUUUCUGUGAAAGGAUCAAUUGAGGAAAAACAGUCCUGAAUUCAUAUUCCUUGAACUUGUUGAACUUGAAAAUCAGAGACCUGAUGGCAUAGCAGAGGCUUUACUCAGUUGUUUAACUAAUGCUGGCUUUAUGGAGGAAUGGCUUCAUGAAAACUGGGUGACAUUUGUAUGUGAUGGAACCACUGUCAUGUUAGGAAAAAAGUCAGGUGUAGCAACAAGGCUGACCUCAAAAUUCCGAAAGCUUUUUGUAUGGCACUGCAUGAACCAUAGACUUGAGCUAGCUGUGUCAGAUGCAGUUGAUGAGGUAAACUCUGUCAAUCACUUUAAAGCUUUUAUGCAGAAGCUGUACUCUCUGUAUAGUAUGUCAAACAAAAAUGAACUUAAAGAUGCGGCAGCUGAAGUAGACUCACAACUUCUUUGUAUUGGCAGAGUUUUAGAUGUACGCAGGGAAGCCAGUAGCUUUCGGACUGUUCGUGCAGUUUGGACAUCACUGGAAGCCCUUGUGCAGCACUUUAAGAGUGCUUAUCAUGAUGAGACAAGAUCAACCAAAGAGAAGCAAAUAUACAGAGGUCUAUUAGACCGUGUUCAAAGUCCUGAAUUUCUGUGUGAUCUUGGGCUCAUGUAUGACACACUCCAUGAACUAAGUAUCCUGUCACAGGAACUACAGGCUCGUCCUGUUACUCUCCUUAGAGCAGACCAUCUACUAAAAUGCACAAUAAGAGUGAUACAUUCAUUUAAAGAGAGUCCAGGGCAAAAAUACAGUGAGGCUUUAGAAGCAAAAGACAGGGGAAUGUUGUAUCGGUCUGUUGCCUUGAAACAAAAUGUAAAGCUCAUCUCUAUCCAUCCCAGACAAUUCCUGCAAAGCAUUGUGAACAAUCUUGAACAACGCUUGUCUUUUGAAGAUGAGAUCAUCAAGGACCUCGGCAUCCUUGAUCAGAGUAAAUGGCCAUCAAACCCCAGCAUUCGCCAUGGUGAAGAACAAAUUAAGAGACUCUGCAAGCGAUUUAACUUAUGCAAAGACCAAGCACUGAAUGGGAUGCGGGACUUGCUGGAAGAGCCCAACAGUAAGCCCAAGGACCUAAAACCACUCAUUAACUGUAUGAAAACAUUCCCUGUCAGCACAGCAGAGUAUGACAGGAACUUUGGCCUUAUGAACAAUAUAAACACAGACAAAAGGGCUGUCCUACUGGUUUCAAACGUAUCAAACUUGAUGAUGAUUAACAUCAGCGGCCCCCCUACUUCCAAGUUUGAACCUCAAAAAUAUACAAGGACCUGGCUGAUGAGCCACCAUACUGCUAGUUCUAUACAUUCUAGGCAGUGCAGGGUGAAAACCCUCGUGGAAAGCAAGUCUGUCUGGAGAAUACUGUAG